AUGGUCCGUAUUACCCCCUUCGCUGUGGAGCAAUGGAUGGAUGAGUAUGAAACGACACCCGGCGUACUCAAUGUUGCCGAGACAUGCGCUGCAUCUGUAUCUAUCGACGAUUUGGUCAACAUGGCCAAAGGCCCUGUCAAGAAUCCAAUCGACACAAGCAUCAAGCUCACAUACGGCUGCAUCCCUGGGUCUCGGAUUCUAAGAGAGCGAGUCGCUGCUCACUGCAGCACUGGAGAGGUACAACUGAGACCUGAGGAUGUUAUAAUCACUCAAGGCGCUAUUGCAGCCAACUUCAUCUCUCUGUAUACUUUGGUCGGUCCUGGUGACCAUGUUAUCUGUGUCUACCCGACAUACCAACAACUCUAUGACACGCCUCGCAGUCUUGGUGCUGAGGUUACUCUAUGGCAUUUGAAGGAAGAGAACCAGUUCGUCCCUGAUGUCAAUGAACUGCCUAGUCUGAUCAAGAAGAACACCAAGAUGAUUAUUAUUAACAAUCCGAACAACCCGACUGGCGCCCCAAUUCCCAACAGCGUUAUCGACAGCAUCGCGAGGAUAGCCGCUGACCAUGAUCUGAUCCUCUUCUCGGAUGAGGUGUACCGUCCACUCUUUCAUGGAGGUACCUCAGGCGACAUCGAGGUGCCCAAACCAGUGUCGACUAUUCAACACCAGAAGACAGUCACAACAGGCUCUGUGUCAAAGGGUUAUGCACUAGCCGGCAUCUGCAUUGGGUGGAUCGCCUCCAGAGACCAGUCCAUCAUUUCGGCUAUAAUGCAAGCUCGCGAUUACACGACCAUCAGUGUUUCCCAAAUCGAUGAUCAAAUCGCCAGUUUUGCACUCUCUCCUGCAGUACGACCUGCACUGGUGGACCGGAAUAUCACACUUGCCAGGACGAAUGCAAAGAUACUCGAGGACUUUAUGAAGCAGUAUGAGUCGGUAUGCUCUUGGGUGCAGCCCAAGGCCGGAACGACAGCCUUCAUCCGAUUCAACGGUAAAAACGGGCAACCUGUUGAUGAUACCAAAUUUUGUUUGGAACUGCUGGAGAAGGCCAAGCUCCUCUUUGUUGCCGGCUCUCAAUGUUUUGGAGGGAGCGAGGACUUUAAAGGAUAUAUCCGAAUGGGCUAUGUCUGUGAAACGGAUGUUUUGGUUCGUGGCUUAAAAGAGCUUGGUGUUUAUCUUGACAAAUUUGUAGUAAGCAAGUAA